AUGAGUGAAAAUAAUGAAGAAAAUGGAGCCGAAGAAGAUUACAGCGACGAAGACGAUGUUUUGGACGAAAACUCAAAUAGGGCAAAAUUUGUGUUUAAGCUCGGCAAUAAAGAGGGACAUUUAGAAGCACCGAUUGACUUAAAUAUCAGCACAAUGAUAGGGAUCGAACUGAAACCUCUUUUGUGGUACAAUUAUGAUAUAGGGCCUAAGAAGAUUAAACUCACUAAUACCGGAUCCACAGUAAUUCUAAGUGCAAAGUGGAAAAAUGAACAUCCCUAUCUAAUUGACGGACCAUUACUCGGAAAGUACGUCUUCUCCCAACUACAUUUUCAUUGGGGCAAAAACGAGAUGGUUGGCAGUGAGCAUUACCUCGAUGGUUGUUGUAUGCCAAUGGAGGUGCACGCUGUGCACUACAACGCGGACUACCUGAGCCAUAACGAGGCCCUCCAGCACGAUGACGGUAUCACCAUUUUGGUUUAUAUGUUCAGGCUCCAACCUGGACCUAACCCAGCUCUGGAUCAAAUACUUGACAAACUGCCGCAAAUACGAGAGCCGAAUAAAAAUGUCAAAUUAACGUCAAACGAUCCUCUUGUCGAGUUGUUGCGGCCUUUUUCGGACGAUUAUUUUCUUUACUGGGGAGCUCUGACAACGCCUGAUUCCGGACUAAAACAGCGCGUUUUGUGGCUCGUCAGUCGUGUCCCUAUUCCCAUCGCUCAAGAACAGAAAUAA